AUGUCCCAUUCUAUUGGGAGAACAUCUUUUCAUACAAGUUAUAAUGAUGAAGCUGAAACACAUCAAGACUAUGGACAGCAAAUCGCUCAGACUGGGGAACAAAAUGCUCCAGUUGAAACUGCUCCAGUUCAUGGGAUAGAGAAUCCAGAUUUGGAGAACUUGUCACAUCCUAAACGAAGGAAAUUGAAUUCAAAGGUUUGGAAGGAUUUUACAAAAUAUAAAGAAGAUGGAAAAGAAUGGGCAAUAUGUAAACAUUGUGAAAGAAAGUUUGAUGGUUCAAGUAAGAAAGGAACCACACAUUUGAAAAAUCAUUUAGAAAGAUGCCAAAGUAAAAGAAAUCCAAUUGGAGGAGCAGAUAAAUCAAUGGUUGGAGAAGCAGUGAUCGGUCAAGAAUUGGUUCAUUUGGAUCGGGUAGAGAACAUAAUUAAAUAUGCGUUCUCUUCACUUAAUCCCAUAAGGGUUGAGGUACUCCAUAUUUACGAAGAGGAGAAAGAAAAACUUGGCAAAUGUUUAGUUAACCUGCCAUGUCGUUUUAGUUUAAAAAUUGAACCAUUUGAUAAAUUUGAGGGUAUUAUGACAGUACUCCACUUUAUUGAUGAUAGUUGGAGAUUGAAGAAAAAGGUUAUUAAUUUUUCUUAUGAUAAACGUGAUAGGAAUUUCUUGAUACUGAAAGGUUUGCUUUUGGAUUUGAACAUCGAUAAGGAUAUGUGCUCUAUGGUAACAAGUAUUGAAGAAGGGGAUUGGGAACUUACCAAGAUAAACAAAUGGCUUGAUAAACGAAGUUCACUUCCUUUUGCUGGAAAGUUACCAUCCAUUAGUCGGUUAAUCGAUAAUCUGCGGAUUGAGAACGGACCAGAGUGGACAGAGGACUUGCUUGAAAAGAUAAAAAAGUCUUUUCGGUAUGUCUUUGGGACACCAUCAAAUGAAGGAAAAUUUCGUGGUGCAUUCGACAAAAUUAAAUCCACGGGCGUUACAAUGACUUCUUUUCAAACCAUAAAUCCUUGUAUGUGGAUUUGUAAAGAUUUCAAAAUGAUUGAGAGAGCACUUGGACUUAAAAAAGUGUUUUCUGAGUUGGAGCAAAUUGAUGCUGAUUUCAAGUUAGUAAAUUUAACAAAGGAGGAAUGGGAAAAGGCAACCGUGGCAUUUGAGUAUGCGAAACUGUUAAAAGAAGCUGCUGAUAGCUUGUCGGAGAGCAAAUAUACCACUCUAAAUGUGUACUUCCCAAAGUUGUGUGACCUAUUUAUGAGACUGCUUCAAUGGGAAAAAAGUGACAAUUGUUAUGUUUCUCAAUUAGCAUCAUCUAUGAGAGACAAAUACUUUGACAACUACUGGAGCAGUUGUAAAUUGGCUUUAGUGAUUGCGAUAGUUCUUGAUCCACGAUUCAAAUUGGAUAUUGUAGAGUGCUGGUACAAGGAGAUCUAUGGCGAUGAUGAAGCCAAGAGACACUUUAAGGAGAUCACUGAUGAUGUUAAAACUGUUUACUAUAAAUAUGCAAAGGGUCCUAGAAUGUUAGAUGCCAUGGGGAGGCCAUGCUCAUCUUCACAAAAUACAUCUGCGCAGCAAGAACUUGAUCACUAUUUAAAGGAACCUAAAUUUCCAUCCGUUGAAGAGUUUGAUAUACUAGCUUGGUGGUGCGACAACUCUACAAAGUUUUUAACACUCGCAAGGAUGGCAAGUGAUUUCUUAGCAAUACCUAUUUCUAAUACUGGGAUUGCAGAUUCUUCUAGCUUGAAGAUUGAAUUUCAAAAUAUUUUUUAUUGUGAGGGUCUUGAUGUUGAGAUUAGAAAUGCUUUGAUAUGCACAAAAAGUUGGUUGGAAAGCCCUCAAAAGGAUUGA